AUGUCUGUCCAUCAUAACCCAGACCCUGCUCUUGAGCCGGCGCAUCAACACCUCCAUGAACAUCGCCACCAUUCUCCCCGCGCCGCCCACGACGACGCAACUUACACCACCGGCACAAACCCAGAUGGUUCAAUCGUUCCUCCUCAGCAACAUCAGCACCGCAACUCUCUAGACGAAAAGCUAGCGUCAGACAAAAACCAUGCUACGCCUCCUGAUUACAGCGACCACGAAAAGAACGAAGCUGGUGUCGUCGAUGCCUCGGCUGGAACAAACAGCGAGCGCAGCGCUCCCAUCGGCUGGCGCGCAAAGCUCGGCCCUAUCUACCGAUACCGAAGACCCUUGAUUCACAUGUUUGUCUUUUGCAUUUCUACCGCUUGGUGGAUCGCUUCGCUUGUUCUGCAUCGCGAUGACAAAAACUGGGUUGUCCCUUUCAUUGUCUGGCUCUGCAUUCAGCUCCGUCUGUUCUUUUGGCAUGUUCCUAGCAGAUAUGUCUCCAACGCUAUCAAGGCCGUCUGGGCUAGAACCGCUGUUGUCAUCUACGACAUGAUCCCCUCCAAGUUCCGCACUCUUGCUGGUGCUAGUGUCGCUGUCGCUGCUAUUCUUGUCGGAUCUUUUGUUUCUGAGGAAUCAGCUGAUAACACUCGCGAGAACCGCGCCGUCAGUCUUUGUGGUAUGGCUGUUUUUAUUCUGAUCCUCUGGAUCACCAGUCGUGAUCGCAAGGCUAUCAACUGGCGCACUGUCAUCGGCGGUAUGCUGACACAGUACGUCAUUGGUCUUUUCGUCCUGCGAACUGGAGUCGGAUACGACAUCUUCAGCUUCAUCGCUGAGCGCGCUGCCGAUCUUCUCGGUUUUGCUCGCGAUGGUGUCGCUUUCCUUACAGACCCUGAUACCUCCAAGACACUCAACUUCUUCUUCAGCGUCAUCCCCGCCAUCAUCUUCUUCAUCUCCCUCGUCCAGGUCCUGUACUUCAUCGGCUUCAUCCAGUGGUUCAUCAUCAAGUUCGCCACUUUUGUCUUCUGGGGUCUUGGUGUUUCCGGUGCUGAAGCCGUCGUCGCUGCUGCUACUCCCUUUAUCGGACAGGGUGAAUCUGCUAUGCUUGUUCGACCUUUUGUUCCUCACAUGACAAAGGCCGAGCUUCACCAGAUCAUGACUUGUGGUUUCGCCACCAUUUCUGGAUCUACACUCGUCGGAUACAUUGGUCUUGGUCUCAACCGCGAAGCUCUCGUGUCCUCGUGUAUCAUGUCUAUUCCCGCCUCUCUGGCCAUUUCCAAGAUGCGAUACCCCGAGACCGAAGAGACCCUCACAGCUGGUCGCGUUGUCAUUCCCGACGAUGACGAGCACAAGGCUGAGAACGCUCUUCACGCUUUCGCCAACGGUGCUUGGUUGGGUAUCAAGAUUGCUGGUACCAUCAUUACCUCUCUGCUCUGCAUCAUCGCCUUUGUCGCUUUCAUCAACGGUAUCCUUACUUGGAUCGGCAGCUACAUCAACCUCCGCGGCGAAUACGAUCUUACUCUGCAGUUGAUCCUGGGUUACCUUUUGUUCCCUAUUUCAUUCCUGCUCGGAGUUUCUCGCACCAACGGCGACAACUCUACUGGAGAUAUUCUCCCCGUCGCUCGUCUCAUUGCCCAAAAGAUCAUCACCAACGAGUACAACGCCUUCACCGACCUCACCACCGACGAUCCCACCUCCCAAUACUACGGCCUCUCCCCCCGCUCCCAACUCAUCGCCACCUACGCUCUCUGCGGUUUCGGCAACAUCGGUUCUCUUGGUAUCCAGAUCGGUAUUCUCAGCCAACUUGCCCCCACUCGCGGUGGUGACGUUGCGCGUCUUGCCGUUUCUGCCCUGGUCUCUGGUGUCCUGGCCACUCUCACCUCUGCCAGUGUCGCUGGUCUCGUCGUCACCAACCAGCUGUCCGACUUUACACGAACCCAAUCAUAA